GCCGUGCAUUUGAGUUCGAGCAGGAAGAUCUUGAGGAGUGGUGUUCAGCUCUCAAGGGUGAAUAUGAUGAGUGGCAAGUACAUUAUCAGUAUGACGAUGCUUCCAGUAGUUGGUGUGGAUGCUACCCUGCUGACGAGUCAUGGGCCAUCGACUCGAACGAUUAUGAACAUGGCUCGUGGCCAUCCAAGAACUGGGACCAGCAGCAGUGGGCACAGUACACCGGACAGGAUCCACCACCACAGCAGAGCGAGGUUACUCAUGAGGAGAAGGCCCUGGAGGAGCAAGCGGCCGCCGCGGAGGUUCUCGCAGCGGCGGCCAGUCGCACUCUGUCCGAAGCACGUACAGCAGUGGCCGAGACUCGUAAGAACAGCAAGAGCAGGACAAAAGGAAGCAGCUCGAGCAACAACGGCAAGGGAUGUUUGAUCUGCGGCCGUCCUGAUCACUACUGGCGCGAGUGUCCUGAUCGUCACUCGGCCAAAGGCAAGCAGGUCGCUUCCAAGGGCAAGGGUUCCGGAUCCAAGGGCUCCUUGAAAGGCAAGAGCUGUUUCGGCAAGGGCAAGGGCCAGCCAUCGUACUACAUGAACUGGGGUAUCUGCGACCUUCACGUGAUCUGGUCCGUGUCCAAUCCUGUGUCAUCCGAGCUGGUGCUGGACUGCGGAGCUGAGUACCACAUCGACGGAGACGACAAGCCGUGGUUCAAGUUUGCGAAUGGAGAGUGGGGCCAGGCUUUGUCCAAGGUGUGGCUUCAUUCGCCUGUGGGUUGGCUUGGCAUGUAUGUUUUGGACGCCGACAAUGUGCCAGCCUUGAUGGGAGUCGAUUGGUUGAACGAUCGCGACGUGAGCUUCAGGAGCAACUCCCUGCAACUCUAC